GAGAAAAUAGUAGUGGCUGAGAAUCGGUCUCCAAUUUUCUGUCUGGUUUUAGGUCAUCCACUGCCUGCAGAGCCUCACUGGAUAUAAGCUCUCUCUCACACUGCACACCUUUCCUUCGCUGUUUCACUCUUCCUCUCUCUCUCUCAACUCGCCAUUGUAGUUUUGGGGGUCCACUUUGAGCUGCCGUUGAAGAGGAGCUGCGAUCUAAGGAGUAAGUUCAGUUGAUUGACCGUCAUGGUGGUUCUGACUGGGACGAGCUGUGCGAAGUUUGAGUACAGUUUGUCUAUUAGGCAUGGCUAUGAAGAUCGCAGAAGUUGGAUUGCCUGUCGAUUUUGAUUGUUUUAGUGAUGCGGCUUUUUUGUUAGUAGCCGUGUCUUUUAAAGAUUUGUACUUUGAGAAAUGGACGAAGGAAAUUGUUCCUGGAGAUGAUCAGGGAAGAGAAAGUGAGAGUCCUUUCUGUGUAGGGUUUAUGCACGAAUAAUUCGGUUAUGGAAACUUAUUCUCCGGGAGAAGAUUUGGUAGUCAAGACGAGAAAACCCUAUACAAUUACAAAGCAGAGGGAGAGAUGGACAGAGGAAGAGCACGACCGGUUCUUGGAGGCUCUGAAACUCUAUGGUCGGGCGUGGCAGCGUAUCGAAGAGCAUAUUGGUACAAAGACCGCAGUGCAGAUUAGAAGCCAUGCUCAAAAGUUCUUCUCAAAGUUGGAAAGAGAAGCUGUGAUCAAAGGACUGCCUGUUGGGAAAGCUCAUGACAUAGACAUCCCUCCCCCUCGUCCUAAAAAGAAGCCAAGCAAUCCAUAUCCUCGAAAGACUGGUAUAGGUUCCGUAGGCCCCUUGACAGGUGGGAUAAAGGAUGGGAGUUUGUUAAUGAAGGGUCCUUCUGCAUGUUGUAGUAAAGCAGGACUCAAUUCUGAAAACAGCCACAUUAUUCAGGGAUCGACCGAGACUGCAUCAUCUCAAAGAGCAAAAGAGACCUCUAUCGACAACGAAAAUCUGGAAGUGCUGACCCUCUCUCUUGGGGCCCCUUGUUCCUCUGUCUCCUCAGCAAGCAAGAUUUCCCCAUUAGUCAAGUCGAAAACCUCAACACCUACAAGCCCUGGUGCAUUCAAAGAAUUCAUGCCCACAAAGAAGGACAGUGGUGACCAAACUCAAACCGAUGAAGGCUCUGCUACUAGUAAAUCCAAGAAAACCCCCAAGCCAGAUAACCAAAGUGAAUUGACAGAAUUAGAGAUUGGAAGGCCCGAUCAAUUGAAUUUGGACUAUGGAUCUGCUGUGUAUGUUACUAGUACUCAUGUACCAGUCAGGGAUAAUACAGAUGAUUUAAAACAUCCAAGAAAGCUGGAGCUUCCACGAAAGAAUGACACUCAAGCUACCCAGAACUACCCUAGGCAUGUACCAGUGCAUGUAGUUGAUGGGACCCUAAACAAGUGCAUGCAUUCAUCUUCCUCUAAUCCAACAAAUUCAGUAUCUACUGUUCACCAGAUGGGAGUUCAUGGAAACCCAAGGCUAAUUGCAACCCCUAGCCUUUCUGUGACUUCAGAUUCAGCAGCUUCUACCAUGUGCCCACAAUUCCCAAUGUUCCACCCAUCUUUCACCCCUUUUCAUCUCAACCCAGAAGCUUAUAAGCUCCUAGCUCCAUCUGCCAUGAACCUAUCAUGUGUACUCUCUAGCUACAUUAUAGCAAAUCUCCUCCAAAACCCAGCUGCUCAUGCAGCAGCCACCCUUGCAGCCUCGUUCUGGCCCGGCUUGGACUUUGAAACCCCUCUUGAUGCCACCACUGCUGAAAUACUCAGAUCAAGUGCUCCACUAAAUUAUGUGGAUGUUUCUCCACCAAAUAUAGCGGCAGUUGUAGCAGCUACAGUAGCAGCUGCUUCUGCUUGGUGGGCCUCUCAUGGGCCACUGCCCCUUUCCCAUCCCCAUCCCCAUCCCCACCAUACAUGCUUCUUUGCACCAUCUGCAACUCUGGUCCCUGUAGCUGAACCUUCCCCUGUGUCUGAGGAGAAGAAAGAAGAGAAAAACAAGGAAAGCAUGGAUCAGGAUGGACCUCCCUUCAAGCAACCACAGAAAGCGCAAGCCCGUGAUGCAGAUUUUUCACCCAAUUUACAAGCAAGAAUCCCAGUUUCCACAAUGGCAUCUUCUUCAGACUUGGAGGACAGCGAGGGAGUUGGAUCUGAUAAUUCAAAGCCAAAAGUUUCAGAGCACGAGCAGAAGCUUCUAGCUGUAGAGGUGGUUAAUGGGAAACCCAGGAAGCAGCUGGAUCGAUCAUCGUGUGGCUCUAACGCAUCUUCUAGCAGUGACAUAGAGACUGAUAAUUUGGAGAAGAAUGAUGAAGGUAAGGAGGCAUCCCCAGUUGCAGAGUUCUGUUAUUCUGGAAAUGAAUUUGGUCGUCGCUCAAGGACGGCAGGAGCCAUCAGCGAUUCAUGGAAGGAGGUUUCAGAAGGGGGACGCCUGGCCUUCCAAGCAUUGUUUUCUAGAGAAGUCCUGCCUCAGAGCUUCUCACCCCCUCACAAUCAAAAAGACAAGACUAGCAAUGCCACACAUAUCGAUGGAGAAGUAAAGCGAAAAGACAUGAGCAAAAGUUCUGACAGCAAAGAAGGAAAUGUGGAUCUCAACACUGCCACGUGGGUCGAGGAUCACUGUACCAAUGAAGAUUCCUCUGAUACUACAAGGGGGAAUCGGCCCCAAACAGGGAGUUCUGUAAGUGAGGAAGAGAAAGGGAAUGGAAAAACAGAUACAUUGAAUGGCAAGUUGCAGGCUUGCAGAAUGGGGUUUGAGCCUUACAAGAGGUGCUCAGUGGAGGCAAAGGAGUGCAGGCUUGUGGAUGGAACGAGAGAGAAAGGAUUGAAGAGGAUUCGACUUGAACAUGAAUCCAACAGUCCAACCUCUGUUGGGAGCUUCUUAAAGCGAGCUCAUUGCCCAUCGUAGGAAGAUAAUGCUGGAAGUCUCCGUCGGUUAAAGUAUAUGCCAUGUUAUGCCUCUGGAACGGUGCCUUGUAUUGUUAUGUACAAUCAUUAUUCAGUUAUUAGUAUUUUGAUGAUAUUCAAUGCAGUAAAGUUCUUUGUUUUGUUA